AUGUCAAAGGCAAUCAAGUACUAUUAUGAUUUCCUGUCGCAGCCAUCACGCGCCCUUUGGAUUGGAAUGAAAAUGAGCAAGACCCCUUUUGAAGACUGCCCGGUUGCCCUGCGAAAACAGGAGCAGUUAACCGACGAGUACCGGAACAUCAAUAGGUUCCAAAAGGUUCCGGCCAUCGUGGAUGGUAAAUUCCAGUUGGGCGAGAGUGUCUCCAUAGUGCGUUACCUCUCGGACAAAGGUGUCUUCAGCGAGCAGCUGUAUCCCAAGUCCUUGGAGGAUCGUGCCCGUGUUGAUGAGUUCCUGGAGUGGCAGCACUUCAAUGUUCGCCUGGUCUGCUCCCUGUUCUUCCGUCAAGUUUGGCUUCUACCGGCAAAGGGACUGGCUCCAGCUCCAAAGCCUGAGGCUGUGAAAAAGCUUAUAAAAGACGUGGAGGGCAAUUUGGGUCUCCUGGAACGAGUCUGGCUGGAGAAGGACUUCUUAGUUGGUGAUAAACUUACAGUGGCGGAUAUCUUUGGAGCUUCGGAAAUCAAUCAAAUGAAGCUCUGCCAAUACAAUGUAAAUGAGAAGCAAUUCCCCAAGAUAGCCAAGUGGCUGGAACGCGUGCGAGAGGCCACCAAUCCCUACCACGACGAGGCCCAUAGUUUUCUGUACAAGGUCUCCAAGCAGGCAGCCAGUGCUAAAAUUUAAUUUUAUUUUGAAUGUUGAUCACUUGUUUUUUUGCAUUUAUAAUAUUAAAAUUGUAAGACAUUUCUGUAACCAGUUUGUGCCUUGUUUUGUGUUUACUGUGUUCAAUCUCUUAAUGUUAAAUUAAAGACUUUAUUCUGAUAAAAA